CAGCAUUAAGAAAAGUGUUUUGUUUUUUUGGCAAAAAAACUUUCAAACAAUUAAAAAUAUUUUGUAAGAGAAAAGUCUUCUUGAUAAAAAUACACAUAUACUGAAUCAGUGGUCUCGUUUACAUUCUAUCUUCUUCUGUUCUUCAUCCAGUAAUUGACUUACAAUUUUUUUCUUUCUUUUCUCUUCCAUUGAAGGAUUCUUAAAGGUUGAUUUGCAUAUAAACCAUGGUUAGGAAAACGACGUCGAAGAGUUAUUCGGUGGCGUUGGUGAUCGUUAUGGUUAUAUAUGUUGCUUUCUCCUCCGUCUUCGAUCGUCAAUUGUUUCGUUCGUUAAGUUUCUCUCAAGUUUCCUCUGUAGGUACGUUACAACAAAGAUGGGAAUCAAGAAGAACAAAGCAAAACCCAAAAGUGAUGGCUGCAUCAGCAAAAAUCACAUGUGACCGAUCCCACACUAGUUACGAUCUUUGCUCCAUCAACGGCUCAUGUAUUCUCAACCCUAAAACCGGAACUCUAACUCUUAUGGACCGAACACUUACCACAUCAGCACCACUUGUCGAGAAAAUCAGGCCAUACCCAAGAAAAUCAGAAAACUGGAUCAUGCCUAGGAUCAGAGAGCUAAAACUAACUUCAGGCCCAUCGGACCUGACACGAUCAUGUGAUAUAACACAUGAUUCGCCGGCCAUUGUGUUCAGUGCUGGAGGUUACACCGGAAGUAUUUAUCACGAUUUUAUCGAUGGUUUCAUCCCACUUUUUAUCACGGCCAACUCGGUAUACCCGGACCGCGAUUUCAUCCUCGUGGUUGUGAAUCCUAAGGAAUGGUGGAUGCCAAAAUACAUCGAUAUUCUAGGUACGUUUAGCAAACACAAAACCAUAUUACUAGACAAAGAAAAUGCUUCUAUUACACAUUGCUUCACUUCAGCCACUGUGGGCCUAAUUUCACAUGGGCCUAUGACAAUAGACCCAACCCAAAUACCCAACUCCAAAUCAUUAGUAGACUUCCAUAAUCUCCUAGACAAAGCCUUGAACCCAAACCUAUCUAUUAUCAAAAUUAACAAGCCUCGUCUCAUAUUGGUCCGUAGAUAUGGUAACAUUGGUCGAGUGAUAUUAAACGAGGAAGAGAUCAGAGAGAUGCUUGAAGAUGUUGGAUUCGAGGUAAUCACAUUUAGACCAUCAAAAACAACGAGUUUGAGAGAAGCGUAUAAACUUAUAAAGUCAAGCCACGGGAUGAUCGGGGUUCAUGGUGCAGCAUUAACCCAGUUGUUGUUUCUUCGACCAGGUUCAGUGUUGGUUCAAAUUGUUCCGGUUGGACUAGGUUGGGUGUCUAAAACGUGUUUCGAAACGCCGGCUAAAGCAAUGAAGUUGGAUUAUACGGAGUAUCGAGUAAAUGUGGAAGAAAGCAGUUUGAUAGAGAAGUAUAGUAGAGAUGAUUUGGUUUUGAAAGAUCCUAUUGCUUAUAGAGGAAUGGAUUGGAAUGUGACUAAAAUGAAAGUCUAUUUAAAAGAUCAAGAUGUGAGGUUAGAUGUGAAUCGGUUUAGGAAACAUAUGAAUGAAGCAUACAAGAAAGCUAAGUCGUUUAUGGACUUAAACGGUUGAUUGAUUUUUGUGUUUUAUCGAAAUGAUUUGUAAGUUUUAAGCUGUAAAAUAAUAUGUUUGUUUAUUUUUUGUGUCUAUGUCACUAUGUGGGUAUGAG